UAAAUAAACAUAUGAAUUCGGAUGGAUAAAUAUUAUUCCAAACUUUAUAUAAGUGAGAAACUUUAUCUGCAAAAAAGUUGAGAUUGAAAUAACAAACAACAUUUUCGGUUUCAAGAUAAAAUGAUGUGAGAAUGUGAUAAAUAAUCAAAACCACUGUCGUUUAUACAUUAUACAACGUUUUUCGUGUGCACGAAAAUUUUGUGUUCGGUUUUAUGUGGAUUAAACUUGGAUAUAAAAAAGUGAGCAGUAUUUCUUAUUAAAAACAACAACUCUUCCAACAAUGUCUUCUCCGAAGAACCGUAUCUAAUACAUAUAUGAAAAUAAGUAAAGCAAUAGCGUACAUUUGUUGUUGCAGCUCCGCAAAUAUCUCUACAAAGUCAAUUUUUGCGCAAAAAUUAAAGAAAGAUAUGAAGCCAUCUGUCGGUAUCUGCAUAUUACAUAUCAUAUUUUUAUAACGAAAAAAGAAAUUAAGAAUAUAUUCCAACUAGAAUUGAUAUUCCUCAAAAGCGCAGACAUGCACCUUUCAUUUAACGAUAACGUUUCAGUGGAAGGUGGAAUGCAAAAUGCUGACAUUUUCACUACUCGUACAAGUGUUGUGUAUGGUUUAUGUUCGUGCUAAUUACGACUUGGAAUUUAUGUGCUCAUCGAUAUUGUGGAUAUUGUUAGCGACGUUUCCGAUUACGCGAAAGUAGUUUUACACGCCGUCAUGGAUUCCACAGAUGGACGUAUGGUGCGCGCUCCGAGACGCAAACGCAACGAAGAGCAAAUGUGUGAUAGGAUAAAACUAAAAAAGGUUUUGGGCCUCACUGUAUGUAGUAAUGCAGCCUUGGAUUGUUCAUCUAUUAGUGGCCUAUUGGCCUAUCCGGCAGGCUGCACUAUCGUUCUAUUCAAUGCUAAAAAGCAAUCUCAGGCGUACUUGGUAAAUACAUCGAGGAAAGCUUUUACGUCGGUGGCAUUUUCUCGAUGCGGACGUUACAUUGCCACGGGAGAGUGCGGCAUAAAUCCAGCUAUCAAAGUUUGGGAACUUGACGCACCGAAUGGCAAUUUGGGAAAUUGCACAGGAGGCAAUGUUAUUGCAGAAUUUGUGGAUCACAAAUAUGCGGUGACAUGUGUGGCCUUUUCACCUACUGGUAAAUAUUUGGUUUCGGUUGGCUCGCAACAUGACAUGAUUGUAAAUGUCUUUGAUUGGAAAGCGAACUUAAAGAUGGCCUCCAAUAAAAUUAGUUCCAAAGUGUCGGCAAUUAGCUUUGCCGAGGACGGUAGUUAUUUUGUAACGGUAGGUAACCGACACGUAAAAUAUUGGUAUUUGGAGGGAAGUCGCAAAUAUAAGGACCCCAUACCUCUAAUGGGUCGUAGUGCCAUAUUAGGAGAUUUACGUGAUAAUGAUUUCUGUGCUGUAGCGUGUGGCAAAGGCGCUUGUGCAGAAAGUACUUAUGCCAUUACCAGACAGGGUCAUUUGGUCGAAUUUAGUUCGCGGCGUUUAUUGGAUAAAUGGGUACAAUGUCGUACCACAAAUGCCAACUGCAUUAGUGUCAAUGGACAAUUCAUACUAGUGGGAUGUGCGGAGGCCAUUAUACGUAUAUUCAAUACGUCCACUCUGGAAUAUGUGACGACCUUGCCCCGCACUCACUAUUUAGGCGUGGACGUUGCUGAAGGUAUACAUAUAAAUCAUAUAAUGACUGUACCAGCGCAAGCCAAAUACCCUGAUUGUAUAGCCAUGGCUUUCGAUGAGCAAAGAUCGAAGGUGACCUGUGUGUAUAAUGAUCAUUCGUUAUACAUCUGGGAUAUGCGAGAUAUUAAACGUGUGGGUAAAUCGCAUUCAUUUUUGUAUCAUUCCACUUGCAUUUGGGGUGUUGAAACGGUGCCAUAUAAUAUGGAGCGCGACAUAUCACAUACUCUGCCGGACGAUUCCUUUGUCACUUGUUCUUCAGAUGAUACGAUACGUGUUUGGGGCCUUGAGGAAUGCGCAAAUAACGAGAUUUAUCGGAAGAAUAUAUACUCGAAGGAGCUACUCAAAAUAAUCUAUAUUGAUAAUGAUCUUAAUUAUAUCAAAGAUCCUGAAAUAUUUAAUGAUAAAAAUAACCCAGGGAUUAAUUCUAACUACGAUGGCCGAAACGGGGUACGCUGUAUUAAAAUUAGCCCUGAAUUACAACAUUUGGCCAGUGGUGAUCGAAGCGGUAAUAUUCGAGUUUACGAUCUUAAUAACUUGAAAUUGAUUACCACCAUUGAGGCGCAUGAGUCCGAAGUUCUAUGUCUGGAAUAUUCCAAUGAGAAUAUAGAUCGCAAACUAUUGGCCAGUGCUAGUCGUGAUCGUUUGAUUCAUGUCUUCGAUGUAGCUCAAAACUAUCAUUUGCUGCAGACGCUAGAUGAUCACUCUUCAUCGAUAACUUCGAUAAAAUUUGUAGGCAGUGGCUUCAAUUUUCAAAUGAUUUCUUGUGGUGCCGAUAAAUCUAUUAUGUUUAGGUCAUUUCAGGGCAAUAUUUUUUUGCGUGGUACACAUACAUCGGGGAAAACCACAUUGUAUGAUAUGGAGGUAGAUUCAAAUUCCAAACACAUAUUAACUGCUUGCCAAGAUCGCAACAUUCGUGUAUACGGCACUCAGAAUUCUAAGCACACGAAAACAUUCAAAGGCUCAUACUCCGACGAGGGAAGUCUUAUCAAACUGAGUUUGGAUCCGAGCGGUAUUUAUGUAGCAACCUCGUGUACAGACAAAACUUUGGCCGUUUACGACUAUUAUUCCAACGAAUGUAUGGCUCGCAUGAGUGGGCAUAGUGAGCUGGUGACAGGCUUAAAGUUCACCAAUGAUUGCCGUUAUUUAAUAUCAGCUAGUGGCGAUGGAUGUAUAUUCAUAUGGCAAGUUCCUCAUGAUAUGAUUGUAACGAUGCAAGCUAGACUGUCGCAACAAAGAUUACGAUCAGGACAUACAUCCGCACCUAAAGUAAUAUCAGCAAACGCUCAGGAAGGUGUAAUAACUAAUUCACACGCAGUAGAUUUGGAUGAUAUGAAUACAACACAAAAAUAUGCGCAUUCUUUCAGCUCUAUGGCUAGGGAAGUCGCGUUGACGCCGGGCUAUAAGCUUUCUGACGUUGGACAAUUGCCGCAGUGGGCCAAAAAGAAAGCGGGCACUUCGAGUGAAUUGGAAUCAUCAGGAGCGGGAAUGCCUUUUAGUAAACCAGAAUCCAAUUCAAACCUCAAUGCCUCGUCCAGUUUGACCAGCUUGGCCCCAAGGCCCCGAAAUCGGUGGGCUCAAAGGGGGCAAUUUGACGCAGACGCUCUCACUGACAUCCGAUCGAACUCCGAAAGUCCACUGGGAAGCACGACGACGGGAAUGGGUAUAUUGCCUACAAUUACUGUGGGUGGUUUAAGUAAUGCACAGACUUCUGAUUAUAACAGUGCCUCUUCUAAGGAUAUUAUGUAUAACCAAAUGUACUUCAGUGAAGAUUCUUCCUUAGACUCGGGCAUGGAAACGCGGCGAGACUUAAAAUUUAUAGGAAGUGAUAAUGUAGGUACUGCACCUAGUAACUCUAACGCAUUUGGAAACAAUGGAAGUGGUUUGCCGCAAUUGUUGCAGGACAAGCGAAAAUCUGGUCUAAGAUUUGACAACAUAUCCACAAAUGAUCAUGAUGGCGACGUCGAAGAUAUAUCGGAUGGCGAACGCACUAGCUCUGAUCAUGGUCUAUUUUAUAACAACAUAUCACCUAGCACUUCAACAGAUUUUAAAGUUACCGCAAUGAAUGAAGAGGAAUUGCGUAAAUCGGUUCGAAGACAAAAAUUUGAAAAAACAGGGCUCUCCAUUAGUGCAAAUUGUUCAUCACAUACCGCCAGUACUGGGACUGGAACUGGUACCUCAGAUACCGAAGACGAAGGUUCUACGCCUAGCGCUGAACAUGCGGACCGAUCAUUAGCUUCUACUCUGGGUGGCAGUUCAGAAAGCAUACCGCUAGCGUCUUGCAGUUUUCUACAGGCAGCUCUACCGGAUGCUCCUUGCGCUGUACUUGAAAGAGGUAGCACAGGUCGUCGUAGUAUUAGCGCUAAGCACAAUACCGAAAAUAACAAAUCCGUCGUCACCGUCCAACCCACCAUAACGAAAUCUUAUACAACUACAAAGAAAGAAGAACUACUCAAGGUUAUAAACGAAGCUAAACAGAAAUUAGAAAACGUGGGCUAUCGGUCUCUUAGAGGCAGCCAUAGUAUUUCGGACUUAAGCUUAGCAGCUGAUUUCGAUGGGCCUCGCACCUCAGCGGCUGCAAAUCGAUAUUCCAAAACAGGUAAUUCGAAAAGCAUCCUGCCCGCGCCUGCCGAAGAGUCAUCCUCAAUACGAAGAGCUUGUUCGCUAAGCGAUUUAUAUAUGGGCAACGUGAACAAGGGUGGUAAAGUCAAUAAUGCCACACAAAAGUCUGGUACAACUCAUCGUAAUACUUCGACUACUCGGAACGCUAAUAAACGUAAUUCACAACAGAAAGGUUCACCGAUCAAUUUAAGCGGAAAUCCUUCCAUGGGAAUAUUGAAUCUGAGUGAUUCCGAACCUGAGGACACUAAUCAUGGACGUGUGUCAUCCGCAGGUCAAGGAAAAUCGAUCGGAUCCUUUGGUCCGGCACGUUCACAUGGCAACAAGAACUCCAACAGCAACAAUAGUCGUCGCAAAAGCGGUAUACAAAUGAAUUUCAAUAAUGAUGACUCCAGUUCAGAAGAGGCGCAAGGAAGUUCAUCAAAUGCGAAGCCUGUAGUGCCACCAAGACCCCGUAAUUUGUCCUUCGACCAUAAAACUAAAGCACAGAACAGUUGCAAUAUGACUAAGCAAAGAAAUGUGUACGAGGCAGAAGAGCAUUUAGAUCUUGGCGGUUGUACAGAUCCCAAAUCACAAGUUCACAACGUCAUAAAUAAAUUGUAUUCCACUACACAAACAGUUUUACAACUGCAUGCCAAUCUCAGAAAUUGUGAGGACUCAUUGAUGCUGAAAGAAUUAGAAAACGCUGUGAUUAUGACACAAAAUAUGCUUACGAAUAUAACACAAAAUAAAACUGAUAAAAGUAAUCAGCUUGCAAACCACUCUUUCACAACAACUGAACAGAAGAAUUUAGAAAACGGUGACUACUUAAUGAUGGUUAACAAUUGUGCCGAUUUGCUAAGUAAUUUUCGUAUGAAGCACAAACCGAUCGAUGACUGUGAGAGCAACUCCUAG